AGCAGAUAGGAUUUUGCCCAAACUCUCUUUAAGGCUAAGUUGAGGGUGUGUGGUACAUGAAGACGAUAUCAUGAGAGACAAUGUGUUGUUCAUUUAUUCAAGAUGGUCUCAUAACUUGUGGAAUCCCAUCGACUGGAGAGAUUGCUUGGGACGAAGGCAUUCCAAGCCGAGGUCGAUUUAUAAGCAGCCCCUUGUAUUUCUCGCCUCUUUACAACCCCUCCAGCUUCCAAAUUUCGGGAAGGGUGAGGGGGUAGCACGACAUGUUCUUUGAGUAGUAUAUCAUAACCUCGAGGCCCACGAGUUGAAAUAAUCGCCAACAAUAAUCCUCCGACUUCAACAUCGAGCCUCUGUAAUACGACAACUCGCUCUCCCAGCCAACAACAUGACACACUUUCAGAUCAAAGUAGUCUCCGACAUCAUCUGCCCUUGGUGCUACGUCGGUAAAGCCCGUCUCGAGCGCGCCAUCAAGCUCUACAAGGACGUCAUCCCAGGCGGCGCAAACGACACCUUCACCGUGACCUGGCACCCCUUCUACCUCGAUCCUUCGCUGCCCAAAACGGGCGGUAUCGACCCCAAGGCCUAUCUCGGCAAGAAGUUGGGCAGCCCCGAACGCCUCGCCAUGGUCCACGCGCGCCUCAAGGCUAUUGGCGAAGGCGAAGGCAUCAAGUUUUCGUUGAACGGCAGGAUCGGCAACACCCGCAAUGCGCAUCGGUUGAUUCAGCUGGCGAAAACCAAGUCCAACGAGAUUGAGAACAAGACUGCUGCGGCCCUGUUUCAGUUGCACCAUGAAGAAGAUGGCCAUGUGUCGUCGAAUGACAUGCUGAUUGCUGCUGGCAAGCGCGCGGGCUUGGAUGGAGCGGAAGUCGAGAGCUGGCUGGCCAGUGAUAGAGGUGGCGAGGAGGUCGAUCGUGAGGUUGCAGAGGCGCAAAGGAAGGGAAUCCAUGGAGUUCCCAACUUUACCAUCAACGGACGGUCAGAACUCAGCGGGGCGCAGGAUCCCGAGACAUUUGUCCAAGAAUUCCUGCGUGUCAAGGCUGCUACUUCGGAUGUUAGCGAAAGACCAUCUGAUGGGCCGAGUUGUUGA